UAAAAUUCACUAACCCAAACCAAACCCAACCAAAUUUCACCCAGUCACGGAUCAUAUGACAACCAAAACCAAAAAAUUGAAACAAAUGUUAUGUCACCCCACUUAGCGGUCGAGUAACUUUUUUCCUCUUAGCCUAACCAAAACCAAAAGUCCCACACACACAAACAGCUAAUUUUGAUGAUGACGAUGAUAAUAACAAAGAAAAAUAAGAUUGUUGAUGGGCAUCAUAGUCAGAGAGGUGUGGACCUCUCCACCCUACGGCGCACAUUAGCCUUUACUUCCUUCUCACCUAAGCGGUGGUCGUCUCCUCAUCCACCCACGUCACCUAAUCCUGCCGCACCACCCUCUUUAACCCAUCUCCUCACCAUGUCACAUUAUAACAACUACUACUUUUCUUUCUCUCUCUAUCUCUUUUCCUCCACCACCUUACACCACCCUCCUCAACAACCUAAAUAUUAUUAUUAUUAUUCAUAACUUUCUCUCUUACCCCCCCUCUCUCUAUCCUACGCCAUGGCUUCUUCACCAACUGACUCCAAUCCACCAUCCGCCGUUCCUCUCCCUCUCUCCUUACCUGCUCCACCACCACCACCAACAACAACAACCUCUUCCCGCCGUCUUCCUCCUCCUUGCUGGACACCAGAAGAAACAUCUGCCUUAAUCGAUUCAUAUCGUGACAAAUGGUAUUCUCUUGGCCGUACGAAUCUCAAAGCAAUUCAUUGGCAAGAAGUUGCUGACGCCGUUACCGCUAAGUGCCCUAACGCUUCACCGACACACAAAACCGCCGUUCAGUGCCGUCAUAAAAUGGAAAAAUUACGUAAACGUUACCGAUCUGAGAUCCAACGGCUUAGAUCUCUUCCUGUUCCCAGAUCUCGUUCUUCUUCUUCUUGGGUUCAUUUUAAAUCUAUGGAUUCUAUGGAAAAAGGUCCUUCUCCUCCGCCGAUGAAAAUUGAAAACCCUAAUCAUCUUAAUCACCGUGAAACCCUAAUUGAUAACGAUGAUCUUGACGAUGAUGAUCUUUACGAGGAACUUAGAAGUGCUGCUGGUGGUGGAUCUGGAAAUAGCAGGAGUAUCGAUAAACUCUACCGGAAUGGAGUUUCCGGUGGUGGUGGUCCUCCCGGUGGUGGUUUUCGUAUCAGGAUUCCGAGUGGCGUUAGCGUGGCGCAAACUUUCAUCGGUAACCAUCUUCAGAAAAUGAUUGAUAACCGAUCGGGUUCGGAAUCUGGUUCUCGGAUCAAUGGCGGUGGAAUGAGGCUUAAUAAAGAGAGAGUUGGAUUGGGGAAGAGAGAGAGGGAGAGAGAGGUAGAGAGAGAAAAAGAUCCAAUUGGUGAAAUGGUGAAUGCUAUUAAGGUUUUGAGAGAUGGGUUUGUGAGAAUGGAGCAAAUGAAAAUGGAGAUGGCUAGAGAGAUUGAAACCAUGCGUAUGGAGAUGGAGAUGAAGCGUACUGAAAUGAUUCUUGAGUCUCAGCAGAAGAUUGUUGAAGCUUUUGCGAAAGCAGUUUCGGAGAAGAACAAGAAGAGGAAACUGCAUAAGGGUAAUAGUAACAACAAUAACAAUAGCAACACCAAUAACAACAUAGCUUCACCCUCAGAAUCGUAGAUAAAUCUAUAAUCGAUAGUUAUGAUAAUAAAGAUUGGUACUUUUUUGAUUAUGUGUUUGCAUUUCACCCCAUGACCAUGAGAUAAAAUCAUGCUUGUUUUAGCUAGGUUUAUAUAAUGAUGUUGCUAUAUUCAUCUGUGAUCGCUCUUUUUUUUAUUUUGUUUCUGGUAAAUUUUGGAACAUGAUUAGUUUUAGAUUAUGAUGUAUUGUCCGGUGAAUUUAGUAGCGUUUUAGUGUUUGGUUUUUUCUUUCUUUCUAGUGGUAAAUCAUGUUGCUGCCUUGUAUUUAAAUUAUAAUAUGAUGAUUUGACUCGAGGAACAUAGUUUCAUAUUAAUCAUGUAUGGAAUCUCUUGAUGAUAUUAUGAACUUUAUGUUAUGUUUA